AGCAAUAUGAUGAUAUCAAUAACGCUAUGGAUUUAGUAUUUGAAAAAUAUGAUCCAAACCUUGAACCUUCAUCUCAAAUAGAAUUAUAUUCUGAUUUAGAUGGAUUACAUCAAAAUUAUUGCAAAGCCAUUAUGAA